AUGCCUCAUUUUGAAGGAGAAUCAUUGCUACUCAAAUCAAAUUCGAUAUCGGAUAACCAAACUUUUUGCUCGUUUCAUCCCGAGAUUCAUCCUGAUCAUUUGGUCAAACGUUUACUCGUUUCGAUCUCUCGAAAAUCAAGAGUUCAAUCUUUUCAAUCGGCUUCUGAACAUAAAUUGAGAUUCAAAGCUGGUUUAGAGGAAAUUGAGAUCGAAUCGGUGAAUCAAGGGCAACGAUUUGGGAGAGAAUAUCGAUUGGGAAAUGGGAAAUCCGAGGAAAUUGAAUCACCGUUGACAAGUGUUUGCAAUGUUGAGAGUGGAGAAGAGCACACAUUGGAUCGGAUUAGAGAAGCCGAGAUGAAGGCCUUGUUGACGAAUUCGGAUAUUGUUUUGUUGAACAACUGUGUCCGCGUGGAGAUGAUUGACUGGCAAAUGAAAGUGAAAAGGAUCACCGAUCCAUUCAUUCGAAAUCUUGAUGAGCUUUUCGCGAUCAUUUAUGGCCUCAAAGUGAGCGAGCUCUUCUUCUUCCAUCAACCCGCGUGUUUCCAAGGGAAAAGCGCCUCGAAAUUCGUCGAUCGGUUUUUGACACACAAAAUGAUUCAAUCACUAAAAUGGCUAAAAAUGGAAUGCGAACAGAAAUGGCUACAGAAAUUCGCAACGCUGAAAAUCCCGAAAAUGUUUCUUCUAAUCAAUUCGGCGUCAAAAAAUGAAUCGAAAAAAUUUCUUUAUGAUUUAGAGGAAUUUUCGGAGAAAAUCAUUAAGCAAUGGGAAUCGGGAGAAAGAGAGCUCAACUAUGUGCAUAUUUAUGUUAAUCCCUGGGUCUACGAGAGGAAAAAUUACGAGAUGAAAAAUUUCGUUACCGAUACUUUGGCAACGAAGCUAACGGAUGAAAGGGAUGGUUCUUUUAAUGUUCCCAACAUCGAUCAACGCUUCAGAUUGAUUAAAAGAAGAAUUGAUAGCAAAGGCCUUCUAAUCGUUUCCGGGGAAAACGGGAUCAUCUUCGUCGAAUGUGACUACAAUUUCCGAAGAAAUCGUGGCCUUGGCAAUACUUACUCACAAAUUUUGAACCUCAUCGAUCCAAUUGACGAUCUUCUGGAGGGCAUUUGGAGUCAUGAAUUAACAGAAUGGGGCAGACAAAGAAGAACUGGAAAAACGAAAACGAAACAAGAUAAACUCGACGAAUAUCAUUUGAUUUUAGAAAAUUCUAAUCAUUUUCUAAAGAUUUUGAAAUUGGAUGAGGAUUUUGAGAGAGAGAAAGCGAUUUUGCGAAGGUAUUUGGAUGAAUGGAUUGCGUUCAGUGAAAUGACGCCGAGAAGGGAACUGGCCAUUGAUCAACUCUGGAAUAAUCUAAAGCAGAAGAUCAACGUCAUCGAUUCUUUCUACGAAUACGAUUCCUAUCCGGAUGAACUCAACUUUGACAACACAAAGUACAAGAAAGCGCUCGAAUUUGCGGAAGAGUACAAAGAGACGGGAAAAAGGAUGGGAACGAUUUUUCGUUUC